AUGGCUUCCACAUCGUUUGGUAACGAGAACUCGGGGACUCAGGUGGGGACCAACCAUGGUCCGAUAACUCAGAACUAUUUCUCAUCUGGUGAGAGACCUGAAGCCGUUUUCAAGCCAGGCAAUAUUACCUGGAAGCCACUUUCCGGCUCAGACCGACGAGAGACCCCACAGCAGAAUAUAGACAACGAGGUGCUUAAGUCACUGGCAUUCCCGCAGAUGCUUGACAGGAGGGAUAAUAUCGAGCCGUGCCACACGAACACCUGCAAAUGGAUCUUAGACCUGGAAGAGUACCAGCCCUGGAGGAGCCAGUCCCACGGUCUGCUAUGGAUUAAGGGCAAGCCAGGUGUAGGAAAGUCGACCUUGAUGGUAUUUCUGCACGACGAACUCCAAAUAUCAGAUGACGACCGCCCUGGUAUUCGCCUCGACUUUUUUUUCACCGCUCGGGGUACAGAGAUGCAACGUACACCACUAGGAAUGCUGAGAUCAUUAAUGAACCAGCUUUUCGAUCGCGAUCCGACUGUACGUCCUCAGAUACGUGAGAAAUACGACCGGCGAUGUAAGCAGUUUGGGUAUGGCGAACGUCAGUGGGAAUGGCCACAGGUAGUGCUAGAAGAAUUACUAGCAAGUGCUAUUCUAGAAUCAGCCAACCAGCAGCACGUGAUGGUUUUUGUGGAUGCUCUUGACGAGGCUGGGGCUAAAUCUGCUGAGCAGCUGGCAGGAUAUUUUCAUCGCCUCGUUAAUCACGCCGAGAAAAUGAAACUAUGCAUCCAAGUUUGUAUCUCAUGUCGACACUAUCCUAUUAUGGAAAGUGGACAGGCUAUAGAGAUAAAGGUCGAAGAUCAUAAUAAGCAAGACAUUGCCACAUAUAUCCAAGAUAAACUUAUCAAGACAGAGGCCAAAGACAACGCCAGCCAGAAGAUGAGGGAAAUGCUAGUCGAGCAAUUGACCCAGCAAGCGAAUGGAGUUUUCCAAUGGGUUCAUAUUAUGAUUCCCCUCAUCGAGCGGAAGGUUCGUGAACGAGAAUCGCUACACGACAUCAGUUGCUGGUUACGCGAGGUCCCAGAUGGCCUGGAAGAUGCUUACGUGUAUAUUUUGAACAACGUGAUAGAGAAGAGCAACCGCGAGCAGUCAUUUCUGUUCUUUCAAUGGGUAUGUCUGGCCGAGCGACCCCUGACCGUGACUGAAAUGCGGUACGCAUUAGUGGCGAAGAACGCCCAAAUAACAGCGCGUCCGAAGAGGCUGGAAAAGAUCUAUGGAUUCAUCGAAAGCAAUGAAGAUAUGCUGCAAAGAAUCAAGGCGCUUUCUGGUGGACUAGCCGAAGUAGUGCCAAGCGGGGAUAACAAUGAGACUGUACAGGUAGUACACCAGUCGGUCAAUGAUUUCUUGCGCAAAAAAGGGCUCAAAGCUUUGUGUCAUAAUAUCGGCAUAAGCAUGUCGUCCAUGAACGAGAAUAAGAUUCUUUCUCAAUGCCAGGCAACUCUCUACCGAUCGUGUUUAGUGUAUCUUGCAACAGUUUAUAUACUGGCGGGACCCAGCGGGUUUAAAGGAACUAAAGAGGGCCUUAUCCAAGAAUACUCGUUGAUUCAUUAUACUACUACGAACCUAUUUAUUCAUGCGGAAAAGGCUGCUGAGAUUCGUUCCGAUGUUCUACAGGACUAUGCCCACCAAGAGGCACAACACUGUUACAUAUGGCUGCUGCUGCCAACCUAA